AUGCUCAAGCCAGCAUCAAGUAUUGCGUCGACGUCGAGACUCCUGCUGAGGUCGCCAUCGCCUGCGUCGCCCUCACUGCGUGCUCCUCGCAUCACAGCCCUGACGGCACCGCGAGCCGCCACACUUGCUCGCCGAUGGUAUGCAACGAGUCCUGAGCAGAGGGCAAAGGAUCAAGCAAAGGAGCGAGCAGCCGUAGGCCCCUUCAACAUCCGAGCAGCUGCCCUCUUUGUCCUCACAGGCGCCGGUCUUUUCCUCUACUUCCAACAUGAGCGAAAUCAGGUCGCUGCUAGGAAAGCCGCAGAGUCAGCAAAUGCAAAGGUUGGGCGACCACGCAUAGGUGGACCAUUUGAGCUCGUCAUGGCAGAUUCUGGCAAGCAAGGUUACAAGGUGACGCACAAGGACCUUGAGGGAAGCUUCAGCCUCGUCUACUUUGGCUUCACAAACUGCCCAGAUAUCUGCCCAGAGGAGCUUGACAAGAUGGGUGAAGUCGUAGACAGCAUCGACGCCACACACGGUCCCAUCAUCAACCCCAUCUUCAUCUCGUGCGAUCCAGCCCGCGAUGACUUGUCCCUCGUAUCGACGUACAUCGCCGACUUCCACCCUCGUCUCGUCGGGCUGACGGGCAGCUACGAGGCAGUCAAGGCGGCUUGCAAGGCGUAUCGCGUCUACUUCUCGACGCCGCCCAAUGCAGACCCCAAGGGUGACUAUCUCGUCGACCACAGCAUCUUCUUUUAUCUGAUGGAUCCGGAGGGGCGCUUCGUCGACGCAUUUGGAAGGAGCGCAGGUCGAGAAGAGGUCGAGCGCAAGGUCAGAGACUACAUUGCGAGGUGGAAAGCAGAGGGACUUGGGAUUGAAAAGGCAGACCUCAAGCACAGGGUCAAGGCUGACGAGGCAAGGAGAGUGCAGAGCUUGGCGUAAGCCAGCAGUCACCACAAGAAGGGAAAUCACCACUCCUGGUUGCAUUGAUCAUCCGCCCUGAAGACUCCGGAACCACGCUUGAUAGGCUCCUUCGACGUCGAAGAGCAUCUGC